AUGGCCAGAAAGAUAUUAGCUCUUCAUGGUUUGGCGCAAUCUGGUGAAUAUUUUUGUUCAAAAACCAAGGGAUUAAGGAAUGAACUUGAGAAGUUAGACUAUGAGGUAAUUUAUGCGACAGCUCCUAAUACUUACUCUCCUGCAGACAUCCCAGAUGAUCUUGGUGAUGUUAUCACUUCUGACAGUGCUAAAAAUGUUUUGGCAUGGAUUGAAGAUGAUCUUCAAAAUAGUACAUACUUUCUUCCUAAAGCGACAUUGGAUUAUUUGCACGACUUCGUAAUUGGACAUGGACCAUUUGAAGGCGUUCUUGGGUUUAGUCAAGGCGCGGGAGUAGCAGGUUAUUUAUUGACCGAUUUUAAUGGUCUUUUGAACCUGACGGAGGAUCAGCAGCCUCCAUUAAAGUUUUUUAUGGUAUUUAGUGGAUUCAGGUUUGCGCCUGAAUGCUAUCAGGAGCAAUACGAUAAGAAUCCAAUUUCCAUUCCAUCCUUACACGUCCAAGGUGAAUUGGACACUAUAACAGAGCCUUAUAAAGUUGAAGCGCUGUACAAUUCAUGUAAACCAGAUACAAGGACCUUUCUAAAGCACUCUGGUGGUCAUUACGUACCCAAUUCCAGAGGGUUUGCUAAGAAAGUCACAGAAUGGUUAAACACUAUUAACUAA